UAACAUAUCAUUCAUUCGGUUGGCGCCAAUUCCGGAAGCUUCCAUUCAUUCGUUUUCAGUUGAAGAGAGUUUGGUUGUGCUGUUAUUGCAUCGUUGACGCAAAAUGUUUCAAGUACCCGUUUUAGUUCUGAAAGAGGGAACAAAGAGAGAAAGCGGCCACAAGGCACAACUUGGCAACAUCACGGCUGCCAAGGCCGUUUCGGAUACAGUCCGUACGACGUUAGGACCACGCGCUAUGUUGAAAAUGGUGUUGGAUGCUAUGGGUGGCAUCGUUCUUACUAACGAUGGAAACGCUGUUUUGCGAGAAAUAGACGUAUCCCACCCAGCUGCAAAAAGUAUGAUCGAACUUUCGAGAACACAGGAUGAAGAGGUUGGUGAUGGAACAACUUCAGUCAUAGUGUUAGCAGGAGAAUUGUUAAGUGUUGCGGAACCCUUCAUAGAGCGAGGUAUUCACCCGAGAAUCGUUGUGAAUGCAUACUUUAAAGCACUCGAUGAUGCCGUUGAGGUUAUAGAUAAACUUGCAACCAAAAUCGAUCCAAACGAUAACAAAGCAGUGAACAACGUCAUCGCGAGCUGUAUUGGAACAAAGUAUAUGUCACGUCAUAAGGAACUUAUGUGUGAAUUGGCUUCCACGGCUGUAAGGACGAUCGCCACAGAAGUAGAUGGCCACAAAGUUAUCGAUAUCAAGAAUUAUGCAAGAAUAGAAAAGGUACCAGGAGGAGGAGUGGAAGAUUCAUGUGUUCUUCGCGGUGUUAUGUUUGAUAAGGAUGUGACACAUCCAAAGAUGCGCAGAAAGAUAAACAACCCGAAGAUUCUACUUCUUGACUGUCCUCUUGAGUAUACCAAGCUGGAGAGUCAAGCCAACGUGGAGAUUGCAAAAGAAAGUGAUUGGGAGGCUCUACUUAAGCAGGAGGAAACAUACGUGGAGAAACUUUGCAGCGAGAUAGUGAAACUCAAGCCGGACUUGGUUAUUACAGAGAAAGGUGUUAGCGACUUGGCACAACACUAUCUUAUGAAAGCCAAUAUUUCAUGCAUAAGGAGGGUGAAGAAGACAGAAAAUAAUCGAAUUGCUAAAGCUACAGGAGCUACUAUAGUAUCAAGAGCAGAAGAAGCAAAGGAAAGUGAUUUGGGAAUCGCAGGGUUGUUCGAAGUGAAAAAGAUUGGCGAUGAGUAUUUUACUUUUAUCACGGAAUGUGCUUCUCCCAAGGCCUGUACUAUUUUAUUAAGAGGAGCUAGUAAGGUACUUAAUGUUAUGAAGACGUUUGAUAUUUUAUUUCUCAACUCAAAAAAGGAUGUUCUGAAUGAAAUAGAACGUAAUUUGCAGGAUGCUUUAUGCGUUGCUAGAAAUAUCAUGAGAGACCCUCGUAUUGUCCCAGGAGGAGGAGCUACCGAAAUGUUUGUUUCGAAAGCAUUGGGAGAGAAAGCCAAAUCUUUGGAAGGAGUCAUUCAGUUUCCAUACAGAGCAGUUUCACAAGCGAUGGAAGUGAUACCAAGGACAUUAUUGGAAAACUGUGGCGCGAAUGUAGUGAGAGCCUUGACUGAACUCCGUGCAAAAUAUGCUUCUGGAAAGGAGACACCCUGGGGUGUGAAUGGCCAAACUGGGGAAAUUGUGGACAUGUCGCAAUAUGGAAUUUGGGAACCAUACACGGUAAAGGUACAGACGAUAAAGACCGCUGUGGAGUCGGCUGCAUUAUUGCUAAGGAUUGAUGAUAUCGUAUCUGGAAUAUCUAAAAAGAAAGAUGAUGGUCAAAAUGCAUCACAGCCUCAGAACGAAGAAGAAUAGGAAGUUGUUUUGUUCUAGAAUAAAGCUUUGGAAUGUUGUUGCUUCGAUAUAAUCUAUAGGUUUUUAUAUCGUCC